AGAUUGUAGUUGUUUGGAAUAAUGUCGAUCGACGCCCACCUCCAGGUAUUGAAGAGGGUAAAUUAAUAACUAGAAUAUUGAUUUUGUAGUCAGAAACCAUACAAUUCCAUUGAUUGCAUCUUAUGCUUCUUAGAGUCAGAAUGGCCCGAACUCACCAAACCGGUUAAAGUGAUUGAAACGAAAGCAAACAAGCUCAGCAACAGGUAAAUUAUAUAAUAUAUAAAUUGACUCCAUUUAAAAUUAAGCUACUCUCGUGGCUUAUUUUAUGGCAAGUUUCCGAUUUUUUUCUUCAUCUCACAGUUCAUUUGGUUGUAAAAGGUGAUGCGAAGUAAUACAGUAUACGAGUAACUAUAUUUGAACAAUGUUAUAGUAUGUUAUUAAUCUUAUUACAUUUAGGUUCUUUCCGUACAACGAAAUAGAAACGGAGGCAAUUUUCUCACUGGAUGAUGAUAUUGUUAUGCUGACAGCUGAUGAAAUACAGUUUGCUUUUGAGGUCAGUCUUGCUUGCUUGCUGUUGUUGUCGUCGUUGUUGUUGUCGUUGUUGUUGUUGUUGUUGUUGUCGUUGUUGUCGUCGUUGUCGUUGUUAUUGUUGUCGUUGUCGUCGUCGUUCUCGUCGACUCGUCGACGUCAUCAGUCUUGUCUUGCUUGCUUGUUGUUGUUUUUGUUGUUGUUGUUGUUGUUGUUGUUGUUGUUGUUGUUGUUGUUGUUGUUGUUGUUGUUGUUGUUGUUGUUGUUGUUGUUGUUGUUGUUGUUGUUGUUGUUGUUGUUGUUGUUGUUGUUGCUUGCUUGCUUGCUUGCUUGCUUGCUUGUUGUUGUUGUUGUUGUUGUUGUUGUUGUUGUUGUUUUUGUUGUUGUUGUUGUUGUUGUUGUUGUUGUUGUUGUUGUUGUUGUUGUUGUUGUUGUUGUUGUUGUUGCUGCUGCUUCGGCUGUUAUUGUUGCCAUCGUAAAUGCUUUAUAAGUUAAGCCUGUGUUUUUCCUCUCAGGUUUGGUCAGAAUACCCAGACAGACUGGUCGGUUUUCCAGGUCGUCUACACACCUCAAGCAACGGUUCUAGUCAACUGAAAUAUGAGUCAGAAUGGCUGAACGAUGUCUCAAUUGUACUUACCGGUGCUGCUUUUCACCACAAGGUAGAUAUAGCUAUAUCAAAUCCGGUAAUGAGGAAAGUCUAAAGAAAAUUUAAAUUUGAUAUUUAUGUUUACAUUUUAUAUUACUUUUAUGUCGUGCUUGCGUCAUUUGUAAAACAGACAAAGAAAAUCCUAUGAUCAUAUUUUUUAGCUAGAGUUCAUGUUUGAGUUUAAUUUCAUUUCUUGCAGUAUUUCAGUCACGUAUUUACGUACAUGAUGCCUGCCGCUGUACGAAAAUGGGUUGACAAACAUAUGAACUGUGAAGAUAUUGCAAUGAAUUUCCUCGUUGCAAACUACACCGGGAAGGCACCAAUUAAGGUGAGUUUUAUUGUAACUAUACUUGAAAGUCCACCCAAGGCCUGUGGAAAAAAAUUUGGGAGGUGCAGCCUCACGGCCCCCAUGGAAUUUUAGGGCUUAUUAGGGACUAGAGGUGUGCAUCGGAUCGGAUUGGACGUUUAUAAUCCGAUAAUUGGCUAAUGUUUAAAAUCCGAUCCGAAAUUGUCUAAUCCGAUCCGAGUUUUGAUAAAGAAUUCCGAUCCGAAGAAUCCUUUAAUAAGAUGAAUUUCUCAUUCAAAUGGAAAUAUUUAACCAAAUAAAUAUAAAAGCAAGAAAUACAUGUCAAGAAGCUAACAAAGUGGCGUCCGAUUGAAGUAUUAAACGACAACCGCGAUAAUGCGACAACCGCGAUAAACCGCGAUAAUGCUUUGAUAAACGCAUGGAUAACUAAUUCAUGCGAUAAUGCGUGGAUAAUUAAUUCAUUUUAUUUGGAAUAUCGAAGUCCAAUCCAACUACGAAAAAACUUUAUCAAUCCAAUCCGAAAUGAAUAUUUUUGCACACCUCUAUUAGGUACUCCCCUAACUGAUUCAACUACGUGACGUAUGCAUGUACUGUACCGGUACAUAUGUUUCGGUGUAUGUAUGAAUUAUGACUGUAGGACUCAUCCAAUUCUGCCCUUCAUUAAGCCUGGUUCACAUAUAGACCUGCGACGUACCGGCGACGAUGCCGGUGGUAGCUUAAAACGUGAAUUAUGUGAAUAUUUGUUCGCCGAUUGACUCCAGUGCCUCAGUUACAUCGGCGGUAGGCCGGGAAAGUUGACUUGAGUUUAACUUUCCCGGUAUUUCGGCGGCAAGUUGAGGCAUAAUGAUACAGUCGCAGGCAUGCCGCAGGCAUAUGUGAACCAGGCUUUACAUUACAUUAUACAUUACAUUACAUUACAUUACGGUAUACAUGACAAUUGACAUAGAGAUGAAUGGCUAUACCACUGUUUCAGUUUUGCAGAAAAACGUUCUUCCAAAGUGUAGACGCUAUAGCAACACAUAAAUAUUUGUCAAAUGGCCGCCUCAAGUAUCAUUAUAUUGUGUUUGAAACGAUCUAAAUCUUUCAACUUAAUAAUGCAAGAAGAUGCAUGUUCACAUGGUGGAUAGUACAACUAAUUUAAGCACGUAACAAUUUGAUUCGUAAGGAAUAUGACAGAUUUACAAAUCUCGCCUCAUUAUAAAUAUUCGAAUUCUGGCUUUAAAAUCAAUUCCCUGAAUUCAAAAGAUUGCUUUAUGUACUGUAGUCCUAUAGUUUUGCGAUAAGUGCCUUGAACCCAUUGGCUUAUAGUAUAUAUACAGCCAAUUCAAAAAAGGUUGUCCUUUGCAAACUCUAAACCUUAAACCUUAAACUCUAAGCGCGCAAAGCUUAAUGGGAGCACAAGUUUCAAGUUUAGUAGGUGAAUAUUGAAUGAAUUAGCCAUUCCGAAGUUGAUGAGUGGACUGGGGACGAGUGUUAAAAAGUGCCCAAAUCACUAAAAAGACCACCUCAAAAUUAGUAAGUAUACAAAGUUUGAAGACGUUUACAUGAAUACCCUUCGAAUAAUAAUCUUUCGAAAAUUGUGAAAUUACUCAUAAAAAGAUUGCUUUGGGGACGCGCGUCCCUAUAAAAACAAAAAAUACAAUACAUUUCAUAAUAAAUAUCACGAUUUUCGAAAGCUUAUUAUUCGAAGGGUAUAUUCAUGUAAACGUCUUCAAACUUUGUAUACUUACUAAUUUUGAGGUGGUCGUUUUAGUGAUUUGGUUCAUUUCUUAAUUUGGGAACACUUUAACCCCACUCGUCCCCAGUCCACUCAUCAACUUCGGAAUGGCUAAUUGUUCUCGUAAGGAGAUAUUUACUAUGUCUCUAAGAAAUGGGCCCCAUGUAUAUGAUUUCUAAACCGAUUAAAUUAUGCUCCCAUCUGAUGCUUUGCACGCUUAGAGUUUGAGGUUGAAGGUUUGGAGUUUAAGGUUUGCAAAGGACAACCUUUUUUGAAUUAUCUGUAUAUAUACAACAUGACACUUUCUUGUCCUAAAAUAAAAUCUUCGCAUGUGUGUAGGUAACGCCCAGAAAAAGAUUCAAAUGUCCUGAAUGUGCAAAUGGCGACGCCCUUGGCGCGAACAAGGUACAUUUCAUGAAAAGAUCAGAAUGUAUUCAAGAAUUUGUAAAAGUUUUUGGAAAUUUACCUUUGAAGACUACGGAGUUCCGUGCCGACCCCAUUUUAUACCAAGACGAUAUACCAGCCGGGUUAAAAAGAUUUAAGUAUGUCGGUACUAUUUAAAUAAUGAAGUGUUCAGUGAAGGAACGUUAACCCCGUAAUUUGGCCGUAUUACCGGAGUGGUCGUAUUAAUGGGGUAUCUUUAUAAGAAAAUGUAUUGUCUUGGCGUUUCCAGAACACUUCAGUAGUUUAUAAAUGUGGAAAUUGAUCCAGUUACUUCUGUUUCUAGAAUUAUGGCUGUCUGGAAAUUCAAUUCCGGGAAUUAAACAGCUCUGCAUGUACCACCAUUUAAUCAAUCUUUUGGUUCCCGUGUAAAUACUUUUGAAUAACCCUUGGGUAACUUCGUACCAACCUAAAGAUAGUUACAGAAACUGAUUUUGCCAGGAAGCUUUAUAUACGGAAGUUAAUCAGUAAUGGUUCGAUCGUUUACUUCUAAAAUAUGUGAAUUGACUUGUGAAUGGACCUAUUACCUAAUGAACAAAAUUUUGAUCUAGACACGCGUCUAGACAAAAAUUUCAUUACAACUUGAAAGAGCAUCACAAAAUUAGUAAUAUUCCGAAGUUUCGUUGCAAAAUGUUGUGAAAUGCGGAUAAUAUAGCCCUGCGAAGUUUGCCGUUUUUCAGUCAUUUUGUAUUACGCACAGGAAAUUGAUACCGCUUUCUGAAAAAAAGGUUACAAAACUCUCACUGUGCGCACGCGUUGCGCAUUAUACAAAGUAAAAAUUUCCAAUGGCCAUGCUUCAAAAACUAUUUCUGGUUGCCUGUAACAGCAUUAUCUUCCAGCUAGAGCGUGAAAGGAAAUCAAUAUUCCGAUAAGGGCAGACAAUGUUUGCAUAUAUAUAUAUAUAUAUAUAUAUAU